ACGCUACAACUAAGGUGAAUAUAGUCAGCUGAACUCGAGGGGAGCCUUGUGCAGUGUAUUUCAGAAUAUUCAGGUACGAUUUUCUCAAAACAAACAUCGGUUUACAAAUACAGAUAUGCCUGAAGACUGUGUGGACAAGCCACAUAUAGUGACAUGCACCGCUCCUGUGAAUAUAGCUGUCAUUAAAUACUGGGGGAAGAGACAUGAAGAACUCAUUCUACCCAUAAACUCCUCUCUGAGUGUCACAUUGCAUCAAGACCAGCUGAAAACUACCACAACAGUUGCCACCAGCAGAUCCUUUCAGGAAGAUCGGAUAUGGCUCAAUGGCAAAGAGGAGGACAUAACCCAUCCAAGGCUACAGUCUUGUCUCAGAGAGAUUCGACGAUUAUCAAGGAAGAGACGUAAUGACGGGGACCCUGCUUUGGAUGCCACUGGUUUAUCUCACAAAGUCCACAUUUGUUCUGUUAACAACUUCCCCACUGCUGCCGGACUCGCUUCCUCAGCGGCUGGAUUUGCUUGUCUAGUUUACACUCUUGCCCGAGUAUUUGGCAUAGAUGGGGAGCUGUCUGGGAUUGCUAGGCAAGGCUCAGGCAGCGCAUGCCGGAGUAUCUAUGGAGGGUUUGUCCAAUGGCUUAUGGGGCAAAAAGAAGAUGGCAAGGACAGUUUAGCCCAGCAGGUGGAGCCAGAGAGUCAUUGGCCUGAGCUCAGGAUACUUGUACUUGUGGCCAGCGCUGAGAGGAAGCCAGUGGGCAGCACUUCUGGGAUGCAAACAAGUGUACAAACAAGCUGUCUCUUAAAGCACCGCGCUGAGUCGGUUGUCCCAGGCCGGAUGGCAGAGAUGAUCCAAGCAGUGCGAAGAAAAGACUUUGCUGCAUUCGCUGAACUUACCAUGAAGGACAGUAACCAGUUCCAUGCCACCUGCCUCGACACUUAUCCUCCCAUCUUCUACCUCAACAGUGUGUCACAACAGGUUAUCAAUGUGGUGCAUCGGUAUAACAGACACUACGGGGAGACACGGUUGGCAUACACAUUCGAUGCAGGACCCAACGCUGUGAUCUUCACGCUUCAGCAGUAUGUUCCUGAGUUGGUUGAGGUGGUUCAACAUUUCUUCCCUCCAGAGACCAACGGAGGACAGUUUAUUAAGGGCCUUCCUGUUAACCCUGUUGCUAUUUCUGAGGAGCUGAAGCAGGCUAUUGGCCUUGAGCCCAUGUCAAAGGGAAUAAGCUACAUUAUUAGUACCAAGGCUGGGCCAGGUCCUCGUGUGUUGACGGAUCCCACUCAGCAUCUACUUGGACCUGACGGGCUUCCUAAAGAAAGUGUGUGACCUGCAACCCGGAGUGGACAACAUUUAAUAGCAUAAUAAUGAAUACAGUCAGCAGAAAUUACAUUUGUAUUAGUGAUAUGUAACUAUUUUUACAAGUAACAACAACACCAGACACACAUGUCAUUUUGUAAUUUGUCUCUCUUCUCCCAUUAGCCUAAUUUCAUCUGUGUUCUUGUAGACAAUACUCAGAAACUACAGGUAGAUGUAAAGAGGUAUUUUGACGCACUGAACUAAAUACAGUAAAACUAUGCAGCUGAUCUCUUCCUCUCUGAGCAAAUGACUUAAUGCAUGUUUUCAUAUAUUUGGUCACUUUCAUUAUGUUUUCAUUUUACAUCAUGCAAAAUCAUCAUUUUAGACCUACAGUAUAUAUGUCUGUUGGUCUUACCCUGUUUCAUAAAUAAAAGGAUAUUUUAGUCU